AUGCACCCAAUCUAUACAGUUGUUGUGGAUGGUUUGCCAUCUGAAAGCUCCUCAAGCUCCUGUCUGGGCUCUGUACCUGUUUCUGAAAUGUCUCUGCUUCAUGCUUUGGGCCCCGUGCAGACCUGGCUGGGACAAGAGCUAGAAAAAUGUGGCAUUGAUGCCAUGAUUUAUACUCGCUAUGUCCUCAGUCUUCUACUGCAUGAUAGUUAUGACUACGACCUGCAGGAACAGGUAUUUGCAUAUUUUGGAUAUUGUUUGAGUGAAAAACGAAUGCAUGUUUUCAUUGUGUGACACGUGUUUGAAAUUCUAAAUGUGUUAACUGAUUUCGGAUUCCUAUUUGAAUAGCAAAUAUUGGGUACAGAGUGGUUACACUAGACUUGAGGGUUGAUUGACUGGCAACCCAAAUCUUACAGAUGGAGGAGGGAUAAGAAAGGGCAGAUUUUAACAAUUCUGAACAACCUUUUUUUUUUAACCAAGGCUGUCCCUGAUCUGGAACCACAUAUCCCUGUCUCUGUAGUAGCAGAGGUGCUUCUCAAGCUCCCCCCACCUUGAUUGCAUAGGCACAUUACAAAUGCACCCCCCCCCAAAAAAAAAAAUCUGCAAAGGGUGGAUCAUCUGCUUAAGUCCUAAUUGAUAGAUGAAGCUUUGGGCAUCAGCCUUUAGGUGCUGUCUACAAAGGCUGGAGCUUGUUUGUUUUUUACUCAAAUCCUUGUUGCCUAGUCCCUUCCUUAAUUUCCUUUUGUGUCCCAAUUCGCUUCCCCUUUUUUCUUUUCAUAUUUAUUAUUUUCAAAUUUAGACAUUAAGCCAUGUUUAAACUUUCUUAGUUGCUGUUUGGCAUGAGGUGUUCAUUGAAUUUGUGGGGUUAGAGCUGUCCAGAGAAGGCUCAUUGUUACUUGCAGCUUUAAUUUGCCGCUUUUUGAAAAUUGACUCGUAUAUUCCUUGAACCCAUUACUUGGCAGUCUGUGGAAGAAUAUAGGAGAGGUCUAUGUGUCUGUCUACAUAACCCAAUUGCAUGUACAAACUUAAACUUGUUCUGCAACUUGAAAAAGGAGAACUUACAAGGGCAUUACAUGAGCAAUGGUGAUGAUGGAAAGGAAGAGGGUACAUCCUGGGCAGCAGGAUUUAAAUGCUCCUGCAAUGGCACCAGCAAAUGCGGCAGGAAUAGCAGGCAGACAUUACUAACAUGGCAGUCAGUUGGUGCAGGCCAUACUGUUCCGAAAUAGAACUUUUACCUGUUUGGCCAGGAUUGUGCCAGUCUAUUUACCAGAAAAGAGGACCUGGAUAACAGCUUGGCUGGCAGUUGUUUUGGCACAAUCCGUAGGCCGUUCUUUCCUCAUGCCUUUUAUUUGUUCCUUAAGACUGGUGCUGUAUGUUGCUAGCCUCAAGUAAAAUGUUGGCACUGUUUUACCAAAUAGAUCACAAUUUCUUCCUUCAUCUGUGGUGUGGGAGAUACCAGCAGUGGCAGCAAAUGGACACUUGACAGGCCAGAGCCAGAAUGUAGGCAAGUGUGGCAUAUUCAGUAUGGGAGUAAUAGUCGCCUACGUUAGUAGUUAUUUGUGUGUGUGUGUGUGUGUGUGUGUGUGCGUGUGAAUGAAUGAAUUAUAAUGCAUUUUGAAAAUGUGAUUUAUAAAUGGUCUCCAGUUAGAUGAUGAGAAUGUGGCUGGUUGUCCGUUUUCUACCUGAACAAAGCAUAAAUCUUAAGAGGUUUGCACACAGGAGUAUGAACCACAAGGUUCCACUAUUGGUCUAGGAGCUGGCACCUAGUCUCUCAACUCUGCAAGCUUGUAUUUGCAGAGCCUGGUGCUCAAAAGUAAUAUAGGUCUCCUACAGUGGCGCUUAAUAACAUUAAAGGAAAACAAAAGUUAAGGCCGUUGCCAUGACCUCUGAGCUAGGACUUGUGUUGCUUUGCUCAGGACCAACAUGGCAAAGUUGACAGACAAAGCUGCUUGAGGAACACUUUUUCCAACCUCGUCUCCAUGCCUCUGGGUCCCCCGUAUUGCACCUGGAUAGCAUAAACACUCCUGUAGAGUUGAGAGAGACUGAACACUAACAACUAGACCCCAUCCAGUCUCACUCUUGCGUGCAAACCUCUUAAGACCUAUGGUUUGUUAAGGUAUCCACUUUCUUUCACUUGGUUAAAACUUGCUCAAAACUAUUAAAUUGUUUUUAUCAUCUGUUGCUAUUUUACUGAUUUUUGUUUGUCAAAAAAUCUAUUUUAAUAUGUUUAUGCUAUACUGUUUUUGUAGUAUAUUUCAAAACCAAAAGUAACAGGUUUCCAGAGUGGGAAAUACCGUAUUUUUCGCUCCAUAGGACGCACUUUUUCCCCUCCAAAAAUGAAGGGGAAAUGUGUGUGCGUCCUAUGGAGCGAAUGCAGGCUUUCGCUGAAGCCUGGAGAGCGAGAGGCAUCGGUGCGCACCGACCUCUCUCGCUCUCCAGGCUUCAGGAAGCUAUCCGCAAGCCUUGCAAGCCCGGUGGGAGUUCCCGCGGGCUCACAAGGCUUGCAGGCAGCAGCCUGCAGGCCCGGCGAGUGUCCGCAGGCCUUGCGCGCCCGGCAGGAGGUCCCGCCGAGCGCGCGAGGCUUGGGGCAGCAGCCUGUCGCCCGAGCACGGGGAUCCCUCCGGAGGGCUCCCCGUGCUUUGGGCGAGUGUCUGCAGCCUUGCGCGCCCGGCAGGAGGUCCCGCCGAGCGCGCGAGGCUCGGGCGGCAGCUUGUCGCUCGAGCACGGGGAGCCCUCCAGAGGGCUCCCGUGCUUCGGGCGAGUGUCUGCAGCCUUGCGCGCCCGGCAGGAGGUCCCGCCGAGCGCGCGAGGCUUGGGGCUGCAGCCUGUCGCCCGAAGCACGGGAGCCCUCCGGAGGGCUCCCGUGCUUCGGGCGAGUGUCCUGCAAGCCUUGCGCGCCCGGCAGGAGGUCCCGCCGAGCGCGCGAGGCUCGGGCGGCAGCCUGUCGCCCGAAGCACGGGAGCCCUCCGGAGGGCUCCCGUGCUUCGGGCGAGUGUCUGCAAGCCUUGCGCGCCCGGCAGGAGGUCCCGCCGAGCGCGCGAGGCUUGGGGCUGCAGCCUGUCGCUCGAAGCACGGGGAGCCCUCCGGAGGGCUCCCGUGCUCGGGCGAGUGUCUGCAAGCCUUGCGCGCCCGGCAGGAGGUCCCGCCGAGCGCGCGAGGCUUGGGGCUGCAGCCUGUCGCCCGAAGCACGGGGAGCCCUCCGGAGGGCUCCCCGUGCUUCGGGCGAGUGUCUGCAAGCCUUGCGCGCCCGGCAGGAGGUCCCGCCGGGUGCGCGAGGCUUGGGGCGGCAGCCUGUCGCCCGAAGCAUGGGGAGCCCUCCGGAGGGCUGCCGGUGCUUCGGGCGAGUGUCUGCCAGCCGUGCGCACCCGGCAGGAGGUCCCGCCGAGUGCGCGAGGCUUGGGGCGGCAGCCUGUCGCCGCGAGCACGGGAGCCCUCCGGAGGGCUCCCCGUGCUUUGGGCGAGUGUCUGCAAGCCUUGCGCGCCCGGCAGGAGGUCCCGCCGAGCGCGCGAGGCUUCGGGCGGCAGCUGUCGCCGAGCACGGGAGCCCUCCGGAGGGCUCCCGUGCUCGGGCGAGUGUCUGCAAGCCUUGCGCGCCCGGCAGGAGGUCCCGCCGAGCGCGCGAGGCUUGGGGCUGCAGCCUGUCGCCCGAGCACGGGAGCCCUCCGGAGGGCUCCCGUGCUCGGGCGAGUGUCUGCAAGCCUUGCGCGACCGGCAGGAGGUCCCGCUGAGCGCGCGAGGCUUGGGGCUGCAGCCUGUCGCCCGAAGCACGGGGAGCCCUCCGGAGGGCUCCCCGUGCUUCGGGCGAGUGUCUGCAAGCCUCGCGCGCCCGGUGGGAGGUCCCGUCGAGCGCUCGAGGCUUGGGGCGGCAGCCGCGGCGGGGGGGGGGAAUAAUUUUUUUUAUUCAUUUCCCCCCCCCCCAAAAAACGAGGUGCGUCCUAUGGGCCGGUGCGUCCUAUAGAACGAAAAAUACGGUAUGUUGCGGGACUAAAACUUGCGUUUUGCCUGACUGUUGGCCAGUUCUUUUUAAUUAUAGUUUUCUUACCACAAUUUGCAAAAGACAGCGAGAAAAACAAUAAUAUACUGGAAAGCCAUUCUAAGUUCCUUAUUUAAAACAAAUUAAAUUUCUCCAUUGGUCAAAUAUAUUUCUGUUUAUUUAAAUUCACCCCACGUGUAAUCCUUGUAGAAUCAUAGAAUUGUAGUGUUGGAAGGAACCCCAAGGGUCAUCUAGUCCAGCCCCCUGCAGUGCAGGCAUCUCAACUAGAUCAUGCAUUUCAGAUGACCAUACAACCUCUGCUUAAAAACCUCCAAGGAAAGAGAGUCCACCACCUCUCAUAGGAGUCUGUUCCACUGUCAAACAGCUCUUACAGCCAGAAACCUUUUCCUGUUUUUAGUCAGAAUCUCCUUUCUUGUAACUUGAAUCCAUUGGAGAAAACAAGCUUGCUUCAUUCUCUGUGUGAUAGCCCUAUAUAUAUUUGAAGAUGGCUAUAAUAUAAUAUGGGGACACGGGUGGCACUGUGGUCUAAACCACUGAGCCUCUUGGGCUUGCUGAUCAGAAGGUUGGCAGUUCGAAUCCCCGUGAUGGGGUGAGCUCCCGUUGCUUUGUCCCAGCUCCUGCCAACGUAAAAGUUCGAAAGCACGUCAAAGUGCAAGUAGAUAAAUAGGUACUGCUCCGGCGGGAAGGUAAAUGGCAUUUCCGUGCACUGCUCUGGUUCGCCAGAAGUGGCUUGGUCAUACUGGCCACAUGACCCGGAAGCUGCCUGCAGACCAAUGCCGGCUCCCUUGGCCUAUAGAGCAAGAUGAGCACCGCAACCCCAGAGUCGUCUGCGACUGGACCUAACCAUCAGGGGUCCUUUACCUUUUUUACAGAUUAUGAAGUAACACUUCUGAGAAUGUUAGUGCUGAUGUGAAAGCAACCAGCAGUACCUCAAGCAAUAGUCUAAAUGCCACCCUGAUAACACUGGGAUUGCCCUUCUCCCCAUUCCUCUAGAAACAUUUUUGUCCAUGGCACAGCUGCUUCUAGUGGCAGAUAGCCACAGUUUUUUCAUCCCAGAAUAUAAUUGGGUAUUCUAAUCUAGCAUCAUUCCAUGGGGAUAUCUGGGGAGAAAAUAUGGCAGCUACCAGUGGAGUCCUUGCUGGCAGAGUUGGAGUGUAGAGGUCCCAGUAGGGAUGUAAGUGGGAACAAGGAUAGAAUGGAAGACUCAGGGAAGUUUGUAAAACUAAAGAUGUGGUAGAUACAUGUGUGUGUAUGUUGUGAAAAGGGAUGGGAUUGCAGUGUAGUAAAUGGAGAAGCGGUAUCAUGUAUUUUGAGCAAUAAGAGGGGCAAAUCUCCUUCACUUUGAAGUUUUUGAUAGAGGGCUAAUAUGUGACCAGAAGGUUCAGAGAGAAGCCUGAAACUAUUUGGACUAGAGUGAAGAGGAUAGGAUGAAUUUUUGCUUUGCAUUAUGUAGAGAGAAGCAUUUUAACACAAAUAGAAUCGUCUGCUUUUUGUUCAUCAUGUUUAGUGAUCAAAGAUGAGGCUUAUGCCUGUUUAACAGGGUGAAUGUUGAUGCCAGUGGAUACAGACAGCAAUUUUGGAUGCAAGACGAUCGUGUUCUUGUAUACAAAGUUUGAGGUGGCAGUUAGAUGUAAGUAAGUAAAAAGAUAGCAGUUAGUAAAAAAAAAGAUGGGCAGUCAUAUGUGGAAUGGGAUGGAAGAAGGAUCACAGGUAGAAAGGAAGAGCUGUGUGCCAUUAUCAUAUAGAUAACCUCAUAGAAUUGAGUUGGAAGGGACCACGAGAGCCAUCUAGUUCAAACCCUUGCAAUGCAUGAACCUUUUACCCAAGAUGGGAAUUGAACCCAUGACCCUGAGAUUAAGAGUCCCUGAAAAGCCAUAAAAUUUGAAGGUAUUCAUAGACUGUGUCAAGAGAAACUUCCUCCCACAGGGAAGACUUCGAUCAAGCAAUCCCUUGAGGAGAGCCAGCUGAGAACAAUAUGUUUUUUAAAAAAAAGGAAUGAAGGAAGUUGCAGUGGAGAAAGUGGUUGAUGGUAUAGAAGACAGCAGAGAAGUUGAGGAGUAUACAUACAGUGUACCAUAUCAGUGGAGAGCAGCCAGAAGUUGAGAUAACUGUUCAGAGGGAAGGAAGGAAAUUAGACAGUAGGUAGAGGAGCAGAAUGAGACAGAAGAGGGUAUGGCAGCUAGUGGUGUGUAUGAAUGUGGUGAGGGAGGAACUUAAGUAGACUGAAAUGUUGGUGUGGAAGAUAAUGUCAGAGGGGAUGACAACCUUUGAUAUGCUGUGAUGUGCAUACAAAGUGCAUUGAGGCAGAAAUUGUUCAUAUCUUCCAUGACUUUGAUGCUGCUGUUGAUGAGUACAGAUUAUAAAUGUGUCCAGCACUUAUUUGAAUCAAAGUAUUUUCAGAUGAGUUUCAGCUGUUGGGGUGUAGACAAGAUUCUUUGGACAAGGGCGACCAGUUUAUUGUAUGUUUGAUCUUUCCCCCUUGUUUUAUAUCAGGGAGGGAGGGAUUGGCCAGCUAGGUAAAAGACGAGACGAAUGCCUCACUUUGUGGAGGAGUGCUUCUGUCUUUGAAGGAAGUAACUAUAAAGCUUCAUGUAAAGAAGCUUUUGUGGAUCAAGAAGUUAACAACCACCAGCCAAUUGCUAGUACAAUGGUACCUUGGGUUACAGAUGCUUCAGGUUACAGACUCCACUAACCCAGAAUUAGUAUCCUUGGGGUAAGAACUUUGCUUCAGGAUGAGAACAGAAAUCGCACGACGACAGCGGGAGGCCCCAUUAGCUAAAGUGGUACCUCAGGUUAAGAACAGUUUCAGGUUAAGAACAGACCUCCAGAACGAAUUACAGUGGUGCCUCGCAAGACGAAAUUAAUUUGUCUAGCGAAUUUUUCGUCUUGCGAAGCACGGUUUCCCAUAGGAAUGCAUUGAAAUUCAAUUAAUGCGUUCCUAUGGUCAAAAAAAGUCCAAUCAAAGCCAAAUUUGGUACAACAAUAGUUUAUUAACUGCUCUUUAAAGUCACACAUACUUUAAAGAGCAUAUCAAAAAUUGAAGGAACAAUAAAUUAAGUUUCUAAACAUGACAGAAAAACAUUUAAAAAUCAACAAAGUGUACUGUACAUACAUUUUCUAAGACUCUGGGGAUCACUCGAAGAAGGUUCCUCUUCCACUCUUUGCUUCUUGCUGAGGAACCUGUCCAUGGUCUGCUGCUUCAUCCGCCUUUUCAGCAGCUCCCUGAGAGGCAACAUGACCGUCGUAUCAAAAGUGUUCGCUUGGUCAUGUGCCACGUGCUUGUUCGGGUGGUGCCGCUCUGCAAAAGCCUGCACCUCCUUCCACUUCUGGCAAAUGUCCCUCAGUUCUUUGGAGGACGGCCGUUCCUCAGUUGCUUCCUCCUCUUCCAGCGAGGCCUGCUCCUGCGCAACCUCUGCCUGCAGUUCAACCAGCUCCUGGGUGGUCAGCUCGUGGUCGUGCUCCUCCACCAGCUCGCUGACGUCCUCCUCUGUGACCUCCAGGCCCAUGGUCCUCCCCAAGGCAACAAUGUCCUGCACCACUGUUGACUCUGGUGCAUCAGAGUCACUUGGUGCCACACAGUCCGGCCACAGGCUGCGCCAAGCGCAAUUCAAAUUUCUCUGGCUGAUCCUGUUCCAGGCCGUGGUGAUCAUCUUCAAGCAGGUGACGAUGUCGAAGUGGUCCUUCCAGAAUUCCCGCAGGGUGAUGGUGGUGCAAUCAGUCACCUCGAAGCAUCGCCUGAAAAGCUCCUUGGUGUAGAGUUUUUGAAAUUGGCGAUGACCUGCUGAUCCAUCGGCUGGAGCAGUGGCGUGGUGUUAGGCGGCAGGAACAUGAUGUUGAUGAAGCUGAACUCCUCCAACAAGUCCACCUCAAGGCCUUUAGGAUGAGCAGGAGCAUUGUCCAUCAGAAGCAAAGCCUUCAGCGGCAGGUCGUUGUCCAGCAGGUACUGUUUGACAGCAGGGCCAAAAGCAAGAUUGACCCAGUCCACAAACAGCACACGUGUGACCCAAGCCUUGCUGUUGGAUCGCCACAUGACACUCAGCCGCUCCUUGUCGACCUUGUGUUUCUUGAAGGCCCGUGGGUUCUCCGAGUGGUACACCAGCAGGGGCUUGAUCUUCAGGUCGCCGCUUGCGUUGGCACAGAAGAGCAGGGUCAGGCGGUCCUUCAUGGGCUUGUGGCCAGGCAACUUGGCCUCCUCCUGUGUGAUGAAAGUCCUUUUGGGCAUCCUCUUCCAAAACAGCCCGGUCUCGUCGCAGUUGAAGACCUGCUGUGGAACGUAGCCCUCCAUCUUCACAACCUCCAGGAACUCCAAGGCAAAGUCUUCAGCCGCAGGAACAUCAGAACUGGCAGCCUCUCCAUGCCUGACCACGCUGUGGAUUCCAGAUCUUGCCUUGAACCGGUCAAACCAGCCUCUGCUUGCCUUGAAGACUUCUGGCUCGCCUGAGGUUCCUGGCUGUUCCCGGAUGAGGUCUGCGUGCAAGGCCUUGGCCUUCUCACAAAUGACGGCCUCAGUCACUGUGUCCCCUGCACGCUGCUUCUCUUCUAACCAGAUGAGCAGCAACUUCUCGACCUCCUCCAGAACAGCUGGGCGGUUCUUCACGAUCCUGGUGACUCCCUUGGCUGCAUCAGUCGCAAGGAUCUUCUCCCUCAUCUUCAGGAUGGUCCCGAUGGUCGAUGGGUUCCUGCCGUACUCCCUGGCGAGGUCCGUCACACACAUUCCACCGUCGUGCUUCCAGAUGAUCUCCUUCUUCAUUUCCAGCGUCACCUUCUCCUCCUUCCUCUCGCCGGCCUCCGCAGCAGCAGCAGUCUUCUUGGGUCCCAUGGCAGCACAGCUCUUACCUUCGUAAACUCAGAAAAAGAAAAAAAAAAUCAGCAAUUCAAACCCAGAACCAAGUCCUUGAAUUCCAAACACCCAACCCAAAAUCCAAAAAACCCCCAAAAAGUUUUAAAAGUUUAACUUACGAAAUGGCUGCAAAUCACCAAAGUCUUCAAAAUCCUCAAAUGGCUGCAAAAGAAGUUUUGGGAAAGCUUUAAAAAUCACCAAAGUCUUCAAAAACCUCAACUGUUCCCCCAGCCCCUCCCCAACUGUUGCAAACCCCUCCUCAACUGUUCCCCCAUCCACCCAGCACACAGAAAUUCAAACCCAGAAUUUUUUUUCAAAAAACAACAACAUGGCCCAAUGGUCACAGAAAACCAUAAAAAUUCAAAAAAAACCACACAAGCUCCCAGAUUCUUGCAAACCCCUCCCCAGCUGUUCCCCCAGCCACCCAGCACACAGAAAUUCAAAACCCAGAAUUUUUUUUUCAAAAAAAACCAACAUGGCCCAAUGGUCACAGAAAACCAUAAAAAUUCAAAAAAACCCACACAAGCUCCCAGAUUCUUGCAAACCCCUCCUCAACUGUUCCCCCAUCCACCCAGCACACAGAAAUUCAAACCCAGACUUUUUUUCAAAAAAAAAAUAAACAUGGCCCAAUGGUCACAGAAAAUCAUAAAAAUGCAGAAAAAACCACACAAGCUCCCAGAUUCUUGCAAACCUCUCCCCAACACCAAGUCCUUGAAUUCUAAACACCCCAACCCAAAAUCCAAAACCCCCCCAAAAAGUUUUAAAAGUUUAACUUACCAAACAGCUGCAAAAGAAGUUUUGGAAAAGCUUCAAAAAUUCAGCAAACUCUUUAAAAAGCUCAAGGCCACCACACCGCGUGCAAUGUGUUGCUCCUCGAAGUCAAGUCGCAACUGCACCUCUUCCAGCAAUGCACCCUGGGUAUUAACGGUUUUACGAAAAAGGAAACAAACUUGCAAGACGUUUUCGUCUUGCGAAGCAAGCCCAUAGGGAAAUUCGUCUUGCGAAGCAACUCGAAAACGAAAAAACCUUUCGUCUUGCAAGUUUUUCGUCUUGCGAGGCGUUCGUCUUGCGGGGCACCACUGUAAGUUCUUAACCCGAGGUACCACUGUAUUUCCUUCCUGAGCAAGGUUGUUAUGGAGUUCCAGAUACUCUUGGAUGAGACUGGUGACCUGAAAUCUGAUUGAAAUGAAUUCAGAUAUAGUUUUGGCACAAACACCACUUGCUUUGUCUUGAUGGAUGACUAAUGCUGAGAAACAAACAAGAAGGGUGUGUGACCAUGCUUAUUUUCCUGUACCUCUGAGCCACUUUCGGUACAGUCGUAUCUUGGUUAUCGAACACCUUCGUACUCGGAUGUUUUGGCUCCUGAACGCCGCAAACCCAGAAGUUAAUGUUCCGGUCAUUUUACACCAUUCUCUUGGCUAGCAACUGGAACAACUGUUGCUUGUUUUCAUUAACACGUAGGAAUUGCUUAAAUUGCAUUGGAAUUGUAGUUUUUGACUUGAAUACUGAUGUCACUUCCUCUUGAUUCUCAAGUAUCUGCCUUCACGCUGUUACUAGAGUAUCUAUCAAACACCAUAUCUAGUCGUGAAAUAUCCUUCAGUUGAUUAUUGAAAUAUGAUUUAAAAACACUUUCAUAGUAUUCUGAAAAUGUUUUGACAUUGCCCAGAUUACAUUUGUGGAUUACAGCUGCUCCAUCAAAUAUUUUAACUAUUACAUUUGGUUUGCUGUGAUUAAAGAUGUCAUCACAUUUUGAUUGAAUACAGUCUAUAAUUUCAGACUUGUUGGUUGGUUUUCGGAGUUUUUCAUCAUCUGAAAUGGAGGGUGGGUACAAUUGCUUUUCAUAGGAAAAGAAAGCAUCAAUGUCACCAUCCCGUACUUCAGAUAUGGCAUAUGCUCUGCAGAACCAGUUGGAGUCUUUUCGCAAGUUAGUAAUCUUGGACUUUGUUUUACUGGUGCUUUUUGUUCUAUUAAAAAUGUGAAGGUUGCUCCUUGGAAUAACUUCAUGAAUUGUAUUUUGAACUUGAUCAAGACAAGGCAUGACAUAUUCUUCACACUUUUUCAGUCCUAUUGUAAAUGCCUCUCUAACACACUUGACAGCUUCAACACUUAGAAUUACUUUUGAGCCCCCAAUUGACACCAAAUCAGUUUCUUCAAAUGGAUUUCCUUGUUCAGUUAAGAUGUUGAUCAUUUCUUUGACAUGGACUUAAGAACCUUUUCUCAAAUCAUCCCUGACCACUGGUCCUGCUAGCUAGGGAUCAUGGGAGUUAUAGGCCAAAAACAUCUGGAGGGCUGAGUUUGAGGAAGUCUGGGUUAGCACGCGCAUGUGCACACACACACACACACACACAUACAUACAUACAUACAUCAUAGAAUAGCAGGGCAGUGUAUAGUGAGAAAAAAACAACACUCCAUUAAAAAGAGUACACAAUAAUCAUUAUGGUGCUUUAAACAGCUGCAUAAAAAGUCUUCAAGGCUUUAAAGGGUGGAAGAGUGUUCUGCAGUAUGUGACUGGCAACACUAAAUGCCCACAUUCUAGCUGAGGACCGUCCGACCUCGGUAACAUGAGAACGACUAGCAGUGCAUCUAUAGAUGAUCUCAGUGAUCCAGCUGGGGUAUAAACGCUCAGCUGCUUAUGGUGCUGUGAACCCAAGUUGUUCAGGGCUUUGUAUAUCAACACCAAGUGCCUUGAAUCUGGCCCAGUAGCAUUUGGGCAGCAGUGCAAAUGCUGACUGCCUUCCCCCAUCAGCGUUCUGCAAUUUUUAGACCAGCCCCAAGAACAUAGAGCACAUUGCAGCAAUCUAGUCCUGAGGUUAAAUAACAUUGGGGACAAAAUUGUGCCAUGUAGAACCCCACAGCACAAGUUGCAGGCAGGGUUCAAAAUUAGCAGGGCGUCAGGUGCAUUUUGUGCCUAAAUUCUCCAUUUGUGAGCUCAAAAAGUCUGGGUGCCAUUUUUGUGUCUGCUGACACUCAAGGACUACUGAAAUGUAUGUGCUCAAAGUAUAUGGUAAGGAUAGACAAUACGUUAAGGCGUUUAACAAUAAAGAGUAGAAUGUUUGAAAACUGAAGUAUGGUACCAAUAUUUUUAUUGUCAACACCAAAUUAAAAUGUAUUAACAAUUUCUGCUAAAAAUGAGAUAUUGACAAUGUGUCACUUAUGUGAAUUGCGUAUUAAUUCAUACUUAACAAAAUAAUAACAAAAAUGGUUGUCAACAUACACACCCCACUGAUGACUAGACAUUCUGUUUUGGUGCCCACAGCCCAGGUCCCAAAAGCCAUUUGACUCCUAGCUUUUCUAUACCACCAGUUCCAGUCCCACACAAUGAAUCUGGGAGGUUACUGUUGUCAUUGGUAUCAAAGUUCAUAAGAGUAACAGGGCCACACUCCCCUGGCCCUCUAUUAAUAACAAGGCUAAUAUACUCUUGAAACCUGGCCUAUAUCCAGUUUGAGGUGGAUCCAGAUAAUCAUUGUCAUCUAGGAAUGCUAGAAUUGCUCCAUAACCACCAUCUUCACCAUGUUUCUCAAAAAUAAGUGUAUUGUGUCCACUGUGGGGUUUUAAAGGAGUAGCUGCCUAUUUAAGGGCAGCUGGGACCUCCCCCUCAUGCAGUGAUGUGUUCACAACACCCUAGACCCACCCAGCCACCCCGCUGUGGUUAGCUGUAGCCAGCCAGAAAGGGCAAAUGUCCAGAGGGCAUAUGCUUGGCUCUAUUUAUUCAAAUAUCUGUCCACAUCUUCAGGCCACAUCAACUGGAAAUGGUCCCAUAACAAUGGGCCAGACACUGCCUUGGAACUCUGAUUGGAUUUGCUAUAAUAAUAACAUCCAGGUCACUAUGAAGUUUAGAGAUUUUGUCCUUGAAGUAUAGAAUCACAGAAUUGUACAGUUGGAAGGGACCAGAAGGGUCAUUUAGUCAAACCCCCUGCAUUGCAGGAAUCUUUUGGUUAAUGUGGGGCACGGACCCAUGACCCUGAGAUUAAGAGUCUCAUCCUCUAUUGACUGAGCUACAUAUAUCAGAGAUAAAGUGUCUUGCAAGCUAGUAGCUGCUAGUUACCAUGUGUUCUAGGAGUCAGCCCCUUGAAUUUGGGCUAACUAGUCUCUGAACUACAUGGAACAACUUUGCCAGCUCACUUAUCAAGGGUGUGAUGGACAUGGUGAAUUAUGACUUUGCUGCCUUCACGGCCGUGUGGUAAACAUGACUACAGGUGUUCAGUCAACUUUGGAGCAAGAUUUCAACCACUUGCAGUUAAGUAUCCAUUCAUGUGAUGUCCAGUACUAGAGAGGACCUUUGAGAGUGAAUCUAUUUACAUUAGAUUCAUAUAAGGUGGUAGAAAUGUUGAAUCAGUAACUGGGCCCAGUAAUGGACUGGAUGACGGUCAAUAUACUGAAAUUUGAUUCAGAUAAGACAAGAGCUGUUGGUGGGCAACACUUUGAGUUGUACUUCCCAUAAAGAAGCAGGUUUAUCAGUUGGUGCUCUAGAUCUAGCUUUGUUGCUGGAGGCACAAGUAGCCUCUGUGGCAUGAGGUGCCAUUUAUCAGUUUGACUGGUGUGCCAGCUGCUGGGACAGAGCCUACUUUUAGUUAUCUCUGCUGUGCUGGCCUAGAGAUUAGACUACUGUAAUGCAUUAUAUGGGGACGCGGGUGGCUCUGUGGGUUAAACCACUGUGCCACUUGGGCUUGCUGAUUGAAAGGUUGGCAGUUUGAAGCCCCGUGACGGGUUGAGCUCCCAUUGCUUGGUCCCAGCUCCUGACAACCUAGCAGUUUGAAAGCACACAGUGCAAGUAGAUAAAUAGGUACUGCUCCAGUGGGAAGGUAAACGGUGUUUCCAUGCGUUGCUCUGGUUUCACCAGAAGCGGCUUAGUCAUGCUGGCCACAUGACCUGGAAAAACUGUCUGCUUAAGCGGACAAAUGCCAGCUCCCUCGGCCUUUAAAGUGAGAUGAGCGCUGCAACCCCAGAGUCGUUCGCGACUGGACUUAAUUGUCAGGGGUCCCUUUACCUUUACCUUAAUGCAUUACAGUGGUACCUCGGGUUACAUACGCUUCAGGUUACAUACGCUUCAGGUUACAGACUCCGCUAACCCAGGUAAAUAGUGCUUCAGGUUAAGAACUUUGCUUCAGGAUGAGAACAGAAAUCGUGCUCCGGUGGUGCGGCAGCAGCAGGAGGCCCCAUUAGCUAAAGUGGUGCUUCAGGUUAAGAACAGUUUCAGGUUAAGAACAGACCUCCAGAACAAAUUAAGUACUUAACCCGAGGUACCACUGUAUAUGUUUGGUUGCCUUUUGAAGGCAAUUGAAAAAUUACAUUUAGUGCAAAAUCCAACUGAGUGUGCCAACUGGGACCAGGCAUUGGGGGCACUGAUGGUACUGAUCUCUGCACUAGCUCCUGUUUCUUUUUAAUGCCCUUCACAGCUUACAGCCAGGGUAUCUGAUAGACCACCUGUCUCCUUUUGAGUCAACCUGUGUAGUUCAUCUUUAGGGAACCUUCUCUUGGGUUCCUCUGUUUUCACAACUAUGUCAAGUAGUGACCAGGCAAUGGAUUUCUUUGUGGUGGCAAUCCAGUUCUGGAAUACUUCCCUCAGUGAGGCUUUCGUCGUGCCUGCUUUUAGGACACCUAGGUGCUUACACUCCGAGGCAAUUUAGCAGAAUAAGUGUUGCCUAAGUUUUUGUGCUGCUUUAUCAUGUGCUAUUGUAAGUGUUGCUGAUGUUAUUUGAUGCAUACAUUAUAUUCUCUUGUGUUUUAAAAUCUUUAUUGUAAAGCUGUAUUUGGAAAAUUUAGUUGGUUGGAUCUACUGUAAUUAAAGCUAAGAGUCAGGAGGGCAAGUAAUGGGCUCAUGGAGCUCGUGUACAUAGUUAUUGUGCUUCUGCUCCUCACGACGGUAUUUGUGCCAUCCUUGUACAAAGGUCUUCAGCGUCUUGCAAACAACAUGGAGCCAAAUACUGCUGUUAACUUUUAUUCUUCGCUUUAAUUUAUUUUUAGGAGAAUGACAUCUUCCUGGGUUGGGAAAAAGGAGCUUACAAGAAAUGGGGAAAGAGUAAGAAAAAAUGCUCUGAUCUAACACUAGAAGAAAUGAAAAAACAGGCUGCUGUUCAGUGUCUUCGCUCUGCUUCUGAUGAAGUAAGAAUUAGCACACUUGUUUAAUUCUAUGUAACUUCUCAUUCUUAAUGUGGUAUUGGGGUGGAUAAAUUUUAGUUUUGUAAUGUUGGUAAAUUUCAGUUAUAGAAAGCUUCCCUUCAAAAUAUCCUAGUUGAAUAUGAAAUCUUAAGUUUAAUCUUUUUUAAAAAAUAAGAAACUUCAUUAUUAUUGUUAUUGCCAUUUUCAUACAGAAUGGUUAUUGACAUAAGCACAUACAAAACGCAGUAAGAAUAAUGAAUGUAAAAAUACAAAUAGAAAAAUGAAAUGAAAAUACAGAGGUGAGGGGAAAACUGGGAAACAACUGAGAGUGCUAUGCUGUAUAUAUUUAUCACAUAUAAAAAGAAAAAGGUGAGUCAAAUUAGUUAUCAAUAAAGCCUCUCCACCUAUUUAUCUGUGGAGCAGGGGGUUUAGUAGGCUGUGUGGACAAGUUAACAUAGGAGAAAAACUUAUACCAUCAAAUGAAAGUGGUCUAUUUUUGGUGAACAAUCAAUGACUCUCCAUUUAUGUGUCAGGUGUUCUCCAAUGUCCCAUACUUUUGCUGGCCACUCCUCUCGGAAAGGAGGUGAGUCAGAUUUCCAGUGGGAGGCCACAGACACAAGAGAUUUGUGCAUGAUGGGUGAAUUGGUACCAGGCUCCAAGGAUAGGAGUGAUGGUGGAGAUAGUUUCAAAAAUUUGGGUCCAGAAUCUCUGAACUAUGCAGCGAUCCCACCACAUAUGGAGCAGUGUUCCAAUGUGACCACACCUGUGACCACAACCCCGCCAUCAUAAAUUAGAGUACCCUUUGCCAAUUCUAGGCAGGUGGAGUGGAGUCCAAUGCCAUCUUAACACUGUUUUCAGUGUGGCUUUCUGUAUUCUUACAGAAAUUGUUUUAAGUGAGGGUUUAGACUACAUCGUUUCCCAUACUUGUUGCUCUAUCCAGAGACCCAGAUCACUCUCCCAUACUAAUUGUAGCCCCUGAGAAUGAACCAUUAAUAAUGUGCGCCAUUUGCUUUAAUUGAAAAGCCUCAUAGCAUAGCCUAAGACAUGGGACCCCAAGACCUCCUUGGGUCCUGGGAUGAUAAAGUCUGACAACUCUGCUACUCCUUCCUCCAAGAUUUCCAAGUCCCGUAUUUCUGGAAGAAGCAAGUUCCCUUUAUUUAUUUUUCUGCUGGAUUGGCUUUGGCUUUGCCCUCUGAUGACUGGUUUCAUGGCAUCCCAUAGGCUCGAGAUUUUAGUGUCCAGGAUGGCAUUUUAUAGGAAAUAAAACUUUAGCGCUUGAUUUACUUUAGCCAAUUUGUUGGUUAGUAGGAGAGAAUCAAAAGUCAGCGAAAUGAACUUGGGCUUAGAGAGUCCACUGCUAAAGAGAUAGAAUUUGGGGCAUCAUCUGAGACUGGGAUGAUUCCUAUAUCUGUUUUUGUCACUUUAUACCAGAGAUCUUUGGAUAUGAAGAUAUAGUCCAAAUGGGCCAUACAUGUACGAGUGAAAUGUAAAUUCCCUGUCAGUGGGGUGGCAGAUCUGCCAGAGGUUGCAUAAAUUAUUGGCAUGCUAAAGUUUAGUGAAGGCUUCACCAGGCUUUAGGGAGCUAAACUUUCUCAGACCCUAGUGAGGUAUCUGUCUUUUGGGUCCGCUAUGGAGUCCUGAAUAGUGAAUGGGCAUUUAUUUAUUUUUGCAAUCAUUAUGGCCACACCCCUUGCUGAGGGCACAGGUUUGGUCACCUAACCAUUUGCCCUUUAAUAGCAGUGUAGUUGUAGCAAUGUAGUUGUUUUGCUGUUUUUCUUUUGGUGUGUCUCUUGUAUCAAAAUUAUAUCUGGAUGUUCCUUUUUCAGGAGCGUUUCUACUCUGGAGCACCUCACAGCAGAGCCUAAACCUUUAGCAUUUAAUGAAAUAACCUUUACAGUGGGUGGCACUAUAACCAUAGUUGAGAACAAAUGGUGCUUAUCCAAUAUGUCAAAGGAAGAAGUAAGAACACAGCAGCAUGCUUGAGGGUUGAUUGCACUGUACAAUAAACUCUCAACAGGAGAGAACAGUAAGAACAGAGAACUUCAACUUUUAACAUAGCAAACUGUUCAAGGUGCAUCCAGCUAUCUGUGGCUGGAAUAGGGGAAGCUGUGGAGAGCAUUAUGCUAGCACACCAAGGAACAGAGGGAGGGCUGAGGCAGAGAAAGAUCUUUUGCUCCACACCCUUUCCUCCUCUGGGAGUUAGUCAUAAUAAGCCUGAUGGCCAAGUGCUUGGUUUAAUCCUUUGUGCUUUACAAAGGCCUAAGAGCCAUGGUGUGAACGAAGAGAGUCUGCUGCAGAGCUUUGCAUUUUCUUUUUCUCUGUGUGUGAGAACCCUGAGGAAGAGGAGGGGAGGUUAGUUCCACUCCUUGCAGCUACUUUGGGGAUUGCAAUUUUACGUUCAUGGGUAGUAUUUUCAGAGGCAGUUUAUCAGAGGCAGCAAUGUGUUUGCCAUUGACUUGCACCAACAACUUAAAUGGGAACCCCCAUCAGUAGGAAAUCCCUGCAGCCUUCAGCGCAGUGGUGUGACAUAUGAAUUAUCUCUGUUGAGCCAGUUUCCUGGCAUAAAUCUGGAAAUGCCUCUACACUGAAUGAGUUGUAUUUAAGUUCUGGAUAGUUGCGUAGGGCAUUUAAAAUCAGAGUUUUAGUUUGGUAGCGUUCAAAGCAGACAACAAUAUUUCUUGGUGCCUCUGAGUUACUUGCUCUUGGUGCACCCACUCUGUGUCCCCUUUCAGUGUCAUGGAGAGUGAUGGGGGGUUAUAUAUUCAAACUGUCCAACCAACUUAAAAUCCAAUCAGUCAUCUCUCCCCCUCCUCUUUUUCCAGAAUCCCAUGUAGUUUAAUUUUUUUUCAAAUUUUUCUCUAUCCAGUUGAGAAGCAAAUUUUAAAUCUAAAUAUUCAUUUGCCAUUUUACCUUAAGUGCUUGCAGUUAUGUUUGGGUACUUAAGCUGGUAUUGAGGGUCUCGUUUGCUGUUUGUGCUACAUCAGCUAUUUGAUUAGAUAACAUAUCAAUCUUGCUUUCAAGUGACUGCAAAGGAGCUGCUCAGUCUGUUGCUAAAGUCUUUCUUAUUUUAUGAAUACACUCCCCUCCCUCUUUUUUAUUAUCUAAGCUGCUACAAGGUUUCCUGCCUUUUGCUUUUAGGCCCUGGAGCCAUUUUUUCCUCACAAGCUUCUUCUGAGAGCUCUGAGUAAUCAGGAGCUACAGCUUCCUACCAGUCAAGCCUUGCUAACUUACCUUUCAGGCCAUGCAACCCCUGCAGCAUUACCUUUCAGGAGGUGUGCUGAGAAAGGUGAAGAAGAGUGAUUUUGCAGACAUUCAAAGCAAAUUCAUUCCCCAGGGUGCUGGAAACUUGAAAUCAAGCUGCCAUUUGACUGCAGCAGGCCAAGGGGAGGGGAGGCUAAAUAGGUUGUAUAUGAUGGGCAUAGUUACAAUCUGAGUUUCAGUAAGACAGAGGUGAUGAUCAGAGCUCUUGGUAGCUCCAUGAUCUGCUCAAAAGUUGUGCAGUUUACAUUCAGAGCCAAAUUUAAUCAUUUGAAGUCAUGGUGCAAAGAAACCAUCUGGAGCAUUCUCUAAGGCUCCUGAUUGUUCUUGUGCAGCUGUGGCUUUACUUGCCCUUCACCUGAUGUCAGGUGAGUGACAGCUGGAUGUUGUUUGGCCAAAGUGGCCGUCUUGCAGGCCAUCUGGGGUAUGUGUUCCUAUUUAGGCGCAUGGGCCAGUGGUUUCUCACCAUAGUAGUAGAGCAUGGGACAUAGAGUGUUGUGCCAAAGGCUAGACAUGUGCUGGAGCAUUGGGUUGAAUAAAUGAUUGAAAAUACAUUUCAGCUGGUAGACUAACAAUUAAUGAAAAUAAGCAGUAGGUGACAAGGUGUAAGGAUCAAGUGAAAUGCAGCUGGUUGGCCACUAUCUCUCACUGUACUUCCGUAUCUAUAGUUCUGAAUAACACUAAUAUUUCAAAAAUUAGAGAUUUGUUGGGAUUGCCUUUUGACAUUGGCUCCCAGUACGUUUCCAAGCACAAUUCAAAGUGUUGGUGCUGACCUUUAAAGCCUUAAACAGCCUUGGCCCAGUAUACCUGAAGGAGCGUCUCCACCACCAUCAUUGUGCCCGGACACUGAGGUCCAGCUCCAAGGGCCUUCUGGUGGUUCCCUCACUGCGAGAAGCAAAGCUACAGGGAACCAGGCAGAGGGCCUUCUAGGUAGUGGCGUCCGCCCUGUGGAACACCCUCCCAUCAGAUGUCAAAGAGAUAAACAACUACCUGACAUUUGGAAGACACCUGAAGGCAGCCCUGUUUAGGGAAGUUUUAAUGUGUGACAGUUUAAUGUAUUUUUAAGCCCAGAGUGGCUGGGGAGACCCAGCCAGAUGGGCGAGGUACAAAUAAGUUGUUGUUGUUGUUGUUGUUGUUGUUGUUGUUGUUGUUGUUGUUAUAUUACUUGGGAUAAGAUCUGGUGUAGCUAUUGAACUGACCUUUUUUGGUUUUAAAAUUAGAGUUCUUUGGGGAACUUUUGGAUAGGUAACAUGGCCCUCCGCUCCAUUUCAUUUUAGUUUGACACCUACCGUAUCUUUAAGGCCAAACUACACAUUCCACUGAGAUUCCUGGCUGAAGAUUCCAGUUAGUUCCUUAAAAGCAGCUCCAGUGGCUCCAAAUUUGAGCAAAGAUGGGGAAAUUGUUUACUUGCUCACACUGCAACCAAAAAUUAACUAGUUGGCUUAGAUACAAGCCACUGUUCUCUUUGCCAGCAUUACCUUGGAGUGGGGGAUACAUGCUGAGACUCUUACGGAGACAAUAUAUAUGAAGCACUUUCAGUACUUGAAAUGUAUUAAGUAAAUGCCAAGUGGUCAUUGUAAGCUUUUUUAUUAUUACACAGAGCUCUGGGAUUGAGACUUUAGUGGAGGAGCUCUGCUGCAGGUUGAAAGAUCUCCAGAGUGAACAAGGUGAGAAAAACAUUUGGACUACAUAUCUUCAGAGUUAUUUGUUAUUUUUAUUUAAGUAUUUAUAAACCACACUUUCAUAUAAAAUAUCACAAGGCAGUGGGGCUAGACCAUUCUUAGAUGCAUUAGGUCAGUACCUUACACAGUUCUAUGGUUUCAGUUAGGCUAGAACAAAACCCAGGUCUCUCAGAUUGUAAGGUGUCUGCCAUUUCAGGCUGCUAGUGAGAACUCGCAUGUUUAGAGUGCUUCACCCUUUACCCCAGUCUUAGACAUUGAAGUCAAGCCUUUUAUCUGGUUUGCUGAGCACAGGAAUACUUUUAUUGUGAUGGAGCAUUCAGUCAUGUGAGCCUCCAAUGCAGCCUGAAAUAGUACAAUCCACUUUAUUGGCUCAUUAUGAUAACUGCACCGAAGUUCUUCAAGGACUGUAGAUGUAAUAUUGGGUCAUGAUGUGCGACAUUUCUUAAUAAAUUAAGAUCCGUCCCACAAUAUAUAAGGAACAUUGUGAAGCCAUAACAAGAGAAUGUAAUCCGUGGGAGACCAGCUUGGUGUUGCUGGAUUACAAUUUGGAACAUCCCUGUCUAUCUUGGCUACCCCAGUCAAUGACCAGCUUUCUAGAGUUGUUAAUGGGUUGAUAAAAGUCUGAAGAUGCACUUGAAAAAGUUUAUAUUGAAACUAAGAAAAUACAAUACUUAUAACAGUAACACACUUAAGUAUUUAGCCUGGGAAGGCAAGCCAGAAUAAAUUAUUGUCACUUUAGGCCCUUUGAAAUCAAUGAGAUUUAAGUUGGUGGUCAUCAUCAUUCUCUCUUUUCAUAGCAAAGGAUCUAUUAAGUCACUUGAGUGAUGAUUCAGAGGUUAAAGCCUACACUUGACCUUGUUUUAGAUUGCAUUUUAAGCUAGACCUUUACCUGCAGUAAUACAUACAGAUUUACAAUUGUGGGAUUGAUACGAGGGAGCAGACAAAAGCAAGCCAUCACCCCACUUGGAUCCAUCCCUUGGCUUCAAAAAAUAACACAUUGUGUCUCAUUAAUGUCGUUCACCAGAAAUAUCUGGGUGAUCUCAUACUCUUAACUCACUGAGUUCUCAUCUUAGUUCCGGUCUCAAACCCCAAACGUUUUACUCUCAUCUACCAAACAGCUGAACAUCAACACAUUUUUAUCUGCAUCUGUAGCUGGUGUUUUUGGAAAGCUUAGGUAAAUGAAUUUUCCUGGCCUCCUUGAAAUUAAUUAAUCCAUUACUUUCAUAACUGCUCCCCACUUGUCUCCAAACAGAAUACUAUAUUGUAAAAGAAAUGUGGGUUUUUUUGUUUUUUAAAAAAUGUGGGUUAUUUGAGCAGAUUAUUUGAAUUACACCCCUGCAUGAUAUAAAGGCUGUAUUAACAAAUUUUAUAUAUUUUAAUGGCUUCAAUAACUUAUGAGUAUGUUUUAGAAAAUUAUUAAAAUUAGUUAAAUCCCAAAUGUAUAUAAGGCUACCCUGAUUGUGUUCAAAUAAUAUUUGAUGAAUUUUAGAGGACAAAAUUCACUUGAUGAAAGGUUUAAAAUAAAGUGCUUAAACCAUUAAACUAUGCAAUAAGACUACUGUAAAUACAAUUACUUAAUAUGAUGCAUGUUUCUCAUUAUAAGAUAUAGCAUGGUAGGGAAAGUAUGAUAUAAAAUUUUCAGAAGACUGUUUUUAUUUUAUUUCUUAGCAGAGGAGAAGAUUCACAAAAAACUUGAGGGCUCUUUGCCUCCUGAAGUUGAUUUCUCUCCUGCAGCAAAGGAUCAGGUGGAAAUGUAGGUAUCUCUCUUUUAAAAUGAAGUAUUGUGUUUUCCUGUGUAUGUUGAUGUAAAAGCCAAAUGCAAUUUUAAAUAGACAGUUAAACAUAUACAGGUCUUAAUAUAAGGGUUUCCGUCUUUUGUUUUCUAUUAAAAUGUUUACUUCUGCCUUGUAAUCAUAAAAUAAGAUUUUUAAAAAAUAUAUACAUGAGAAAGUUAUAUUUUCCUUUGACAAAGGAUAAUAUUGGUUUUCAUCCUCAGCAAGGCUUCCCCAGUUUAUCAGUCCUACCAAACAAGGUGCUAAGGAUGAGAAAAAUAAGCAGGGAAAAGCUAUUGAUUUGAUGAAUCACAGGUGGCUGUGGUCUAAACCACCGAACUUCUUGGGGUUGCCAAUCAUAAGGUCAGCAGUUCGAAUCCACAUGACGGGAUGAGCUCCUGUUGCUUUGUCCCAGCUCCUGGCAACCUAGCAGUUCAGCGCAAGUAGAUAAAUAGGUACUGCUACAACGGGAAGGUAAACUGCAUUUCUGUGCACUCUGGCACUUGUCACAGUAUUCCAUGCGCCAGGAGCAGUUUAGUCAUGCUGGCCACGUGACCCGGAAAAGCUGUCUGGAAGCAGAGAUGAGUGCCACACCCCAUAGUCAAAUUUGACUGGACUUAACCAUGCAGGGGUCCUUUACCUUUCACCUUGCUGGAGAAGUUAGUUUUGUUGUGUCAGAAAUGUUGUCUUCAGUGACACUUUUUUUAUUUUUCAUGAUAUGCGGUAUAGUGAACAACCUGUUGAGUAAAAUAACAUGAAUUUACAAGAUGGUCUCCUGGACAUCUGGCUUCUUUGCCUCUUCAUGCUUGAUGACAACAUUGGGCACCAGGGACUCUAGAGAUCUGUGUUUCUGUGCCCCUCCUGACAUGGAUGGAACCAGUGCUCCCCCCCCAAAAAAAAGUGUUUAGGGGUACUCUCAUAUUCCUACUCAUAUUGAAAUACUGCCCCUCAGUGAGGCCAAGCUUAAGAUUCAUAAAAUGUUUAGUGGUAUGCGUACCCCUGCAUCCCCCCAGAAAAAAGCACUGGAUGGAACCUUUCCUUCUGCCUCCCACUUUGCACUGCUUUUCAGAGGUGGCAGAAAGGGCCCACCUAUUUCUGCAGAGAGACUUUGGACACUCAUGUGCAUGUACAGUGAGCCAGGAUGUCUGGGCACAAUGAGUAUUCAUUCCCGUGAUGCCCUCAAACCCCAAGCAAUACAGGUAUGGGAGUGUCUGAGACAUUCCAAUUGCCCCUUCAUAUAAAGGGAACCCUUGUCUGUCAUCAUCCCCCUUUCAUCUAGCAAGCUAUGAGAGAAGGAUUGAGUGUCAAAUCCAUAUCUACAGUAAGUCCUGCAUAUAAAACUUCUUCCUGAUUUAUUUAUUUUUUCGUUUCUCCAUUCAGGUAUUAUGAAGCAUUCCCACCUCUUUCCAAGAAACCUGUUUGCCUGCAAGAAAUUAUGACAGUGUGGAAUAAAUCCAAAAUUUGUUCUUACUCCAGCUCCUCAUCUUCUUCUACUGCCCCAGCAACUAGCACAGAUACAUCAUCUCCAAAGGAUUGUAUUAGUGAAAGUGAAAUUUCCAAAGAGAGAAAUGGUAACAAAGUGCAUGCCACUGUCCAUGAGAGAACCACACAGAAAAAGGAUAAAGAUGAAAAAGAGAAUAAGUUUGGAAGUAGCAGUGUUGAAGAUAAAUCUGUUUUAUAUAAAAAGCAAGUCCGACAUAAAUCUGAGGGAAAGAUACGCCCGCGAUCCUGGUCUUCUGGCUCCAGUGAAGAAGGUUCAAAUUCUAGUGGUAAUCAAGGUGAACUAAAGGCAACCACAAAAUGUGUUAAAGUCAGGCAUAAAACAAGGGAGGUUCGGAGUAAAAAAGGACGCAAUGGACAAAGCAGGCAUUUGGCAAAAUUUGGUGAGAAGUCUGAAAGAAAAAUUCAUGGUGGCAGCAGCAGUAAUGGAUCUAUCAAACAACUCUGUAAAAGAGGUAAACGGCCAUUAAAAGAAAUUAGAAGGAAAGAAACUGGGAACUACGAGAGAAAAGAGCUAUAUUUUGAUAGCAGAAAUGAGAAGGAAUAUAAGGAAGAGCCCUUAUGGUAUACUGAGCCAAUUACUGAAUACUUUGUUCCCCUGAGUAGAAAAAGCAAGCUGGAGACGACGUACCGCAAUAGGCAAGAUGCAUGUGAUGCAACUUCGGAGGCUGUAGAAGAAUUAGCUGAAUCGGUGCAAGGUCUCUGCAUUAGCAACAAUAAUAUUAAUAAAACAUACCUCGCAGCAGGUACUUUCAUUGAUGGCCAUUUUGUGGAAAUGCCUGCAGUUCUAAAUGAGGACAUUGGCCUCACUAGGACCUCAAAGUGUUCUCAACCAGAGGACGAUACACACUCAGAUGGCGUUCAUCUGUCAGAACUAACGCACUUCUAUGAAGUGGAUAUUGACCAAUCCAUGUUGGAUUCUGGUGCCUCAGGCAAGAUGGAAGGAGAGAGUCGGAUUUUGAAUAUGAUUCGGCAGAAAAGUAAAGAGGGGACUAAUUUUGAGGCAGAAUGUUGCAUAGUGUUUGAUGGAAUGGAGUUGCAAGGGGAAAGUGCAAUAUGGGCAGAUUCAGCCACCUCUGGUGCUGAAGGGUGGUUCUUACAAGAUCUUAGUAAUUUAGCUCAAUUUUGGGAGUGCUGUUCGUCUUCUAGCUCUGGUGAUGCAGAUGGGGAAAGCUUUGGAGGAGAUUCUCCUAUUAGACUUUCUCCUACUUUAGACAGCACAAUGCUUAAUUCUCACAUGCUUGCAGGCAAUCAAGAGCUGUUUUCAGAUACUAAUGAAGGGUCUGGUUUAAAUUCUUUUUCAGUGUUUGAAGUGCAAUGCAGUAAUUCUGUCUUACCAUUUCCUUUAGAAAAAUUCAGUUUGGGAAAUGAAAAUACAGAUUCUAGUAGCAAUGUUGGUAUGUUUGGGAAAACACAGUCUAGAUUGUUAAUAUGGACCAAAAAUAGUGCCUUUGAUGAAAACGAACACUGUUCUAAUUUAUCAACAAGAACUUGUAGUCCAUGGUCAUACUCUGAAGAAACACGUUCAGACAAUGAGACUUUAAAUAUUCCAUUUGAAGAAUCCCCUCAAUUUAACUCGGAUGAGAUAAAUUAUGUAGUUCCCAGAGUAUCUUCAAGUUACAUAGAUGAAGAAAUUGUAGAUUUUUUGCAGGAGGAAACCUGCCCGGAACAGACUAGACCUUUGGGAGAAAUGCCUACCUUAGUUUUUACAAAAAAAUCAAAACUAGAAUCUAUAUGUGGUAUACAAUUAGAACAAAAAGCCGAAGAUAAAGAAUAUGAAUCUACACAAGUGUGUAGUGACAGCAGUCCACAUGAAGAUGACUAUGGCUCAGGGGUUAUUAAAGACAUCUGGACAAAUAUGACAGACAGAAAUUCUGCAGCAAUUAUAGAAAUAGAUGGUGUAGAAGAGGAGCUGUUUUCAACUGAUGUAAAUCAUUAUUGCUGUUGCUUAAAUGACACAAAGGUAGAAAUUCUUCAGGACCCUAACAAAGCAGUGCAAAGAUCAGAAUAUCAUCUGUGGGAAGGACAGAAAGAGAAUUUGGAGAAAAGAGCUUUUGCUUCAAACAAUUUAUCAGAAGUGGAUUGUGGGGAUUAUACUACACCCUCCAAACCAUGGGAUAUUAACCAAGAUAAAGAAAGUUCAUUUAUUCUUGGUGGUGUGUAUGGGGAGCUCAAAACCUUUAACAGUGAUGGAGAGUGGGCAGUGGUGCCGCCUAACCAUCCAAAAGGAAACUUACUACAGUGUGCAACUUCUGAUGUAGUUACAAUAGCUGGUACAGAUGUUUUCAUGACACCAGGAAACAGCUUUGCCCCUGGUCACAGACAGUUAUGGCGACCUUUAGUAUCAUUUGAACAGAGUGAGCAGUUGAAGUGUGGUGAUCGUGGAUUAAAUAGGGGUUUUUCAUUUAUCUUCCAUGAAGACUUGUUAGAAGCUUGUGGUAAUUUCCAAGAUGAAGAGUCUGGUCUUGAAUAUUCAUUCUCUUCCUUUGAUUUGAAUAAUCCAUUUUCACAAGUUCUUCAUGUAGAAUGUACAUUUGAACCAGAAGGAAUUGCAUCCUUCAGCCCUUGCUUUAAACCCAAAUCUAUUCUUUGCUCUGAUUCUGAUAGGGAGGUUUUUCGUCCUAGAAUAUGUGGUGCUGGGAGAACACAAUACAGAGCUAUACGAAUUUCUCCUAGAACUCACUUUCGCCCCAUUUCUGCAUCUGAACUUUCUCCAUGUGGUGGAAGUGAAUCUGACUUUGAAUCAGAGAAAGAUGAGGGGAUUAUCCCUGCCCCUUCACAGACUGAAGUGUUCGAUGAUCCACAAGCAGAUCUUAAACCACUGGAAGAAGAUGCAGAAAAAGAAGGGCAUUAUUAUGGCAAAUUGGAACUUGAGUCUGGAAAGUUCCUUCCUAGAUUAAAGAAGUGUGGAAUGGAAAAGAGUGCACAGACAUCUCUGGAUUCACAGGAAGAAUCAUCUGGAAUAUUGCUGUUGGAAAACGAGAGUUCUUGCGUAGAAUGUGGUAUAAAAGACCUGCAAGACGUGAUGGCUGCGGAAAACCCUAACACUAGUUGCAAUGUUGUAGAACCACAAGAAGAGGAAGACAAGUCUUGCAGUUGUGGAGAUAAUUCAUAUGAAGAAAAUCUUGUUACUUCAGCACAGCUGAAAGAGGUAUGUUCUUGAGAGAUGUACAGUGGUGCCCCGCAAGACGAAAAACUCGCUAGACGAAAGAGUUUUCCGUUUUUUGAGUCGUUCCGCAAGACGAAUUUCCCUAUGGGCUUGCUUUGCAAGACGAAACUUCUUGCGAGUUCUUGCAAGUUUGUUUCCUUUUUCUUAAAGCCGCUAAGCCACUAAUAGCCGUGCUUCGCAAGACGAAAAAACCGCAAGACGAAGAGACUCGCAGAACGGAUUAAUUUCGUCUUGCGAGGCACCACUGUAUUCUGUACAUUUUUUUGUAUAAUUCAAAGAUCUAACAUAUUUCAGAAAAAUGGAACCUUAAUGCCAUCACAAAAGGCAUGUUGGCUAUGAAUUACAUUAAUGUGUUAAAUAGGUUGUGAUCAACAUUGUUCACACAUGUAAACUCAAAAAUACUCAAGAAAGCAGUAGAGGAACAUGAGAGAGACAGGGUUGGCAUCCAGACUGCUAAGAGAACAAACCUCUCUCAGUGAGCAAAUACAAUACCAUUUUCUUGCAACCUGCUGUCUAACCCUGUUGGGCAGGGUAUAGCUGUUGCACUAUAUUAAGAACCUGUGUAAAUAUUCCAAGGUGUUCUAAAAUGAUUGUUCUAUUCUUGUAUUAUGCUGCUUGUUGGAAGAAUUUGACAAACUGCCUAAAAUGUAUAGUCCUGAUGCAACUGUUAUGAUUAAUUUUUUUAUGAAGGGUAAAAGAUAGAGGAUUUCAGAAUUUAUCCUCCAGUCAUGCUAUAUAAUCUAGCAACUGAAAGGCUGGCUUGAAUUUGUGACUUUAAAAUACCGUAUAUACUCGAGUAUAAGCUGAUUUUCAGCACAUUUUUUAUGCUGAAAAAGCCCCCCUCGGCUUAUACUCUAGUGGCGGCGGAGGAACGAGAAGCAAAAAGGAGCCCUUUGGGGCUGCUUGUUCUUCCUCCACCGCUGCUGCCACCAGCCCCUGCCUCUCAGCAGCACCCUAGGUAGGCAGGGGGACGGGAGGGGCUGGGGGGAGAGAGAAGCCCCCUCUGCCGUGUGCGCAUGUGCACGUGCGCGCAUGCACUCUGGCCCACCAGGAGGUUUGUGGUGUGGUGAACCUGCUUAUACUCAAGUCAAUAAGUUUUCCCAGUUUUUUGUGGUAAAAUUAGGUGCCUCGGCUUACGGUAUAUUCGGGUCGGCUUAUCCUCGAGUAUAUGCAGUAUGGUAUAUUUUAAAAUUAAAAUUUAAAGCAUGAAUUAUUAGCUGUUUGAGGUUUUUAAAAAUGGCUGCUCUUAUCAGUAUGAGGAUUUUUGAGGGCCCCAAGCCAGAGAACUACAGAGCAGCGGAAUGAACGCAGCACACAUGACUUUCUACCUGUCAUCCCCAAACAGGGAUUAAAUGUGAACUGGGAUCCAAUUCAAACAUAGGUGUUGAUCUCAAGGCUGAGCACAAAUACCUUCUGCUAUUCUCUUCUGUUUCUUGGGAAACAGACGGCUUUGAAUCUGGGAAUAAGCUUCAGUGGGGCAGACCUCUCAGUCAAUGCUUCAUGAGUGUAACUUGGUGCUAUAUAGUCACUCUAUCAAAAAGCACAAACUUUGCAACUGUAGCUUUUAAACAACAUUUAAAUGUAUUUUGGCUACAGAUUAAUCAGUAAGCAGAAGUGCAGUUUAGUGCAGUGUUUUAUCUCUUAAACUAAAAUACAGUUAUUCUCAAAACAGUUUCCUGUAUUGAAUAAUGAUCUUCAGAAAAUAAGCUACAAUCAAGCGAAGCAGUGCUGGUGGGAGAAAGCUCUUUAUACGCCACUCUUUCCUGCAUCACAGUUUGAAGGUAGCAGCAUCUUUUAACUUACUUAAAAUGAACUGAACACUUUAUAUCUGAGCAGAAAUAGAAGGUGAAUGCAGUUGAGCAUGUACCAACUUGUAACCAUUAAGUACUGUAUGCCAAACAUACUUUUGGAGGGGAAUUGCCACUCACCUACUUCCCAUGCAUUCUUAUCACUGCAAUAGUGUUGUGAGCUUACAAAGUAGUUUCUGGCAUAUUAGGAAUGGUCAUCUAUAUUUAAUCUUAGCUACUAUCUCACAACCAAAGUGGCGAGUGCCGACAGAAAUGAAGCUACAAUGAGGCUAAUGAAAAACAUGAGGGAUGUCUGCAUGCUAAGGGGAAACUCUGGGAUGUUUCAGACAGGGUCUGCAAAUUAUGGCUGGCUGUGAAGUCCAGUCCCCCCAGGAGAACACAACAGUAUUAUAAACAUUUUAUCACCACUGUUUUUUAUUAGCACUGUAUUGUCUGAUUAAAAACUGAAGUUGUAUAGCUAAGGUUUUUUGUAGGUUGAUGAACACAUGCUUUAAAAAAACCCUCUUGACUUCUGAAUAGCUGCACUGCUUUUUACAAUUUGUUCUCCUUCAUACAUCAAAGACCGUAUAUUCGAAUGUUUAAAAAAUAGUAAAGUGAAUGUUAUUUCUAGUAUAAGCAUCAAAAUAUGGGGAAUUUUGGAUUUUGGCUUUUUAUUUUUUAAUAUGUACAAAUGCCCCAGUAUUUCACAGAGUUGUAUGGCACCUUAGAGACCAAAUUAUUUUGUGUCAUGACUACCAUUUUAUGCAGCAUACCUGCCUGGGAGUAAGUGCUAUGGAAUGUAAUCGUGCUUGACUUCCUUCUACAUGCAAGACAUACUGAGCUUUAACUAACAAUCGUGCUUCAGUCAGCUGAAAUGCAACUUUUAGCUUUUAAUUAAAAAUGAACAAUCUUACAAAGGAAUGUUACCAUUUAAACUUGCUUCCUGCUAAUCCAAGAAAAUGAUAGAAAUAUCUAGCCUCUAUUUGAUUCAUUUCCUCACUUGGGUCUUUUUUGUUCUCUCUGUGCCAUUGUAAGCUUUAUGGGCCAAAAGAGAAAAUUAUGCCCAUCAGUGGAGCAGUUUAAAGAAGCUCCCACUCCGGCUCAUGCAAGCCGAGGGGCGGGUGGUUUAAGAAAGCCCGCUUCUCAGCUGAUCAAGCCCCCUGCCUCCAGCUUGAGUGUCCCUCAGCGGGGGCUUCAUUAAACUGCUCCACUGAGGUGCGGCAGACGCACACCCUUCAGCGGAGCAAUAUAAAGAAGCCUCCUUCCUAUGCAGUCCCUCUGGGAUAUGAGGGCCAGAGCUCGAUGGCAGUUUUACCCAGUGUUUAUUGCAGGUGAAGCAGCCAUUGCUCUCUGGCCCUCAUACCGGUCCUAGCCCAUGUAUUGAUACAACGCUCAGGCCUAGUGUACACCACAACCACUCACACAUCACAACCACAUAAGUGCCCUCACAAUUAAGAUUAGGAAAAGCAUUUUAGCUCUUUCCAAACCUGAUUUGGGAGGUAGGAGUGAUCCUCCUGAAGAGUGAUUAAUUUUUCCUCCCCAUCUGCAAUCUUGAGGAAGAUCUCCCCCGUGCGCACACACCAAUUAGGCUUGGGGGAAAACCUUCUCUUGAAGCCAAGUUUUCACCCUAAUUGGGGUGCUACAACUGGGGACCAUAAAACCAUUGUUAAGACUUCUGUCGAACAAGCAGGCCGAGGGAUGGGGGGAAUGACUGAAGAGGAAUGGAGCCGAGUUGGAAUCCUUUGCUCACAUAGGACUUGAUCUUGCCCCUGGUGUUAGACCUAUGAAAAAGGUGUUAACAAGAAUUCAAACACUUUCUUAGUGGAGCACUUCAGAUGGCUGCCACCUCUGUCUUUCCCAAAUCUCAGAAUAAGAUUCCAGUUUGGCAGCCAAUCGCAACACAUCACCAGGAGUAUAUAAGCUUUGGCAAGGGAACAUCACUCAUACAUCAUGCUAGGACUCUCUCUGUCCAGAAAAACAUGACCAUACAAGUAUGAACUUGAUAAAAAGGUGCUUUGUGCAAACAAAAAACCACCAAGGAAGAUAGGAAGGGUAGAUGGAUAACUCUUGUGCUCUCAGACCCUUUACAGGUACUCUGCUUCCGAACUCCUGACACACACAUGCACCAGGAAUCCCAAAUCCACUGCAGCAACUGGAAGCUGAAGGACAAGCCACCCUACAUAGGUAAUCUGGGUGGGUGGUGGGUAACCAGGGAUGUGGUGGUCCAUUCCUCAAACUACGACUCCUGAGCAUCCCCCAUCUGUUCCUUAUAAGCAUCCCAAAAUGUGCAGAGUACGUGCAUCCAUGGCCAGAAGGUUUUCCUCUCCUACCCUAGAACAGAGUUUUUCAACCUUUUAGGUCCAUGGUUCCCUUGACCAACUACAUUAUUUCUGCAGCACCCUGUGAGACUCAGAAGCCCAGUUAUGUCACUCCUUGACUGCAGAGCUGGCAGCCCCUCACCCACUUUCGAACACCCUCCCUUGUGGAGUGUUCCCUCAGCCUCCUCUUCUCCCCUCUCCUUGGGAGUCCUCUGGGCAGCCCAGUUGAUCCCCCUGCCCAAAGGAGAGGGGCCUUCUCACACUGUCCCACAGGGGCCUGGGAAGCACCCCCUGGCCAGCCCCAGAGGCACCAUUCACCUGGGGAGUUUGUAGCCAGAGCUGUUGCAACAAACAGCUGUAGAAGCCUUUGGGAGGCAGAGAUAUGAGAGGGCACCAGAGGAGGGAGGGGCAGAGGCCAGUGUUGCCCAUGGCACCCCUGACCAUCAUUCAAGGUACCCCAGGGUGCUAUAGCACAGUGGUUGAAAACCACUGCCCUAGACAGAAUGUCUAAUCUGGAUAAAAGAUUGGAUAACACUGGAAAGAACAGACAUUUUAGACCUUGAGAGUCAUUGUAACAGAUUUGGAUGGCAUGCCUUUCUCGGUUAUAAUAAAGCUAAAGUGCAUAGCGGAUUUACUAGUUACAUUCUCAGAAAUGCUCUAUUUAAAGUCUGGACCAGAUAUCAACCUCUUAUUGGAGCCACAAACUCCAUGGUGGCUAUCACCGUUGGAAGCACAUGCUGUUAAAAAAUUGAACAUGCAGAGACAUUGGGCCUCAUAUAGGCAGUUAAUAACAGAAGACCAAGGCCAAUUAAAGUUAAAACCAGACCGGGAGAUAAGGCAACAUUUAUCUGACUGGCUCCAAUACCAUCAGCUGAAUAGCGUUUUCCAAUCAGAUAUUAAAAGAGAUUUUGGCAAAGAAGAUUCAAAAUUCCAAUUGAUAGUAUUAAAAAAAACACACGAAACCUUUAUCCAAAAUGUAUGAUUUCCUAUUGGAGUGAGACAUGAAGGAUGAACAAGUAAAGGAGGCUCAGAUAAAAUGGGCCCAAGACAUUGGCAGGACUAUCUAUUUAGAACAGGGGGAGAGGCUAUGGCAAGUGGAUAUUAAUUUCACAGCCUGCUACUGUAUCAAAGAAAACUUUAUUAAAAUGUUCUUUAAACAUUUAAGUUCUUUAAACACCAGCCAAGGUCACAAAAAUUUACAAAUUAAAAUCUAUUUUAUGUUGGAAAGGCGGAAAGUCUGCUGGAGAUGUGAAAAGAUUAAAACCUUCUGGCGCAUAAUACAUGAUGAGUUAAAAAAAAAUGCUCAGGAUCUCUAUAGGAAAAAAACCUGAGGCAUAAUAGGGAGUGAUAUCCCACAGAAUAAGAAAAUAAUUUUUUUAUAUGCCACAGUAGCCGCCAGAAUAGUUCUAGCCAGCAAAUGGAAAGACAAGACAGUAUCCUCUAAAGAAGAAUGGAUUUAUAAACUAAGUGAAUACAUAGAGUUGGCAAAAUUAACAGCAAUUAUAAGAUCUCAAACAAAUCAAAAUUUAAAAUCAGAAUGGAAAUGCUUUGAAGAAUACAUGGAAAAAUGCUGCUCUGAAAAGAAUAUGUUAAUAUGCAUAGAUUAAACGUGUAAAGUGGAUGUGUGAAUAUAAAUAUAUGGUAUAGCAAGUAUAGAUUACGUAUGUAAGUAUGUAAAGUAAAGGUGAAAAUAAAAUCAGAAAGGGUUGUAAGAGAUAAAGAUGAAGAUUUUUAGAAGAAAGUUGAUCCGUGAUGGAGGGAGGUCACAGGGAUGGGUAAGGUGUCUUGCUUUAGUUUGUAUAGGUAGCAUAUGUGUUUCUAUGUGUAUUUGUGGUAUCUGUACGUCUUUGUUCAUAUAUAUUUUUCCCCUCAAAAAAAUAUCAAAAAGAAAACCACUGCCCUAGAAUAUAGGAAGAGUCUAAACUGACUGGAGAAUCUUCCCUUACCUAAUAGGUUAUAAGACUGUCCAAAUCCCAGUGAGCUCUCAUCAUGCGCUGGAAAAAGCAAAUAGUUAUAAUUAUUAUUUAUACUCCACCCAUCUGGCUGGGUUUCCCCAGCCACUCUGGGUGGCUUCCAGCACAUAUAGAAACAUAAUAAAAUGUCAAACAUUUAAAACUUCCCGAUACAGGGCUGCCUUCAGGUAUCUUCUAAAAGUUGUGUAGUUCUUUAUCUCCUUGACCACUGAUGGGAGGGCAUUCCACAGGGAUGGUGCCACUGCUGAGAAGGCCCUCUGCCUGGUUCCCUGUAACUUGGCUUCUCGCAGUGAGGGAACCGCCAGAAGGCCCUCGGCACUGGACCUCAGUGUCCAGGCAGAAUGAUGGGGGUGGAGAAACUCCUUCAGGUAUACUGGACUGAAGCCAUUUAGGGCUUUAAAGGGUCAGCACCAACACUUUGAAUUGUGCUCGGAAACAUACUGGGAGCCAGUGUAGGUCUUUCAAGACCGGUGUUAUAUGGUCUCGGCUGCCGCUCCCAGUCACCAGUCUAGCUGCCGCAUUCUGGAUUAGUUGUAGUUUCUGAGUCACCUUCAAAGAUAGCCCCACAUAGAACUCAUUGCAGUAGUCCAAGCGAGAGAUAACCAGAGAAUGCAUCACUCUGGCGAGACAGUCCGCGGGUGAGUAGUGUCUCAGCCGGCAUGUCGGAUGGAGCUGGUAGACAGCUGCACUGGACACAGAAUUAACCUGUUCUUCCAUGGACAGCUGUGAGUCCAGAAUGACUCCCAGGCUGCACACCUGGUCCACACCCACCUGCCCCACAAAGGGAAGUGCAACCAACUUCAAUAAAAGCCAAGCAAUCCCCUCCACCUUUUCUUAAUGCUAGCAGAACUUGUAAUGUGUUCUCCCUUGCAGGAUCAGAACCAGGUUACAUUGAAGCAGAACAGUCGCAGGAGAGAGACACUCUACAUUUGAUGAGUAAGUACUUUGCCCAGAACAAUGUUAUAUCCAAUGGGUCUUUCCAAAUACUGACGCCAGCAGAGUUAAGAGGUGAGAGCAUUCUUGUUUGAAGAAAAAGGACAUAGGCAGUGGCAUCUAGAAUAAAAAGACUAUUAAGUGUUGGCACCGUUUUUCAUUUACUCGUUACCCUGGGUCACAGCUAACGUCUUGUAACACCUUGCCUAUGUUUCUCUUGUCUCCUCAGGCAAUCCAGCAACCAUCCUGAAUACACAGAAGCAAGAAUGCUCUUCGCAGAUCAUGACAUGCAGACCACAAGGGAUGUCUACAGCUUCAGCAACCGCCAGUGAGAAAGCAGCUUUUUUCUCUAGAGUUUGCUACCAUUUUGUUCCUACAGGGUUUUGUGCCUUUGAAAGCUGAAUGACAGGCAGUGUGGCAAACAGGUGCAGCUGCACUCGGGGAAGUCUGCACCAGUGAACCCCUCUGGCUGUUAACAAUGUUUUCGAAGGCAGAGGACUCCUGUGGAAAUAAAAAUAUGGCAACCCCUGCUCUGUGGUACUGUCAGGCCUCACUCCACAACUGAUAUUGUUCAACAAAAUCUGUGACUGAAUUGCUUUUCUUAUGGUGGCUAAGCAGUUAGGGAAGCCUUUCCCCUUAUUGGUCACCUCAGAUGUCUUUAGAGGACAUACAAUGGAAGGGAUUAUCCACAACAGCCCACCUGGGUUGAAUGUCUGUAUCUUGCCUAUGUUUGUGCCUUCUGUGUGUCAUUAAUUGGUGGACAUCAUGAGCACUGGCAUAGCAGGAUCAUAAAACUGGCCUGCACAAGAAGCCAGAAGAACUGAUACUACACUGUAAGAUACAGUGGACCCUCUGGAUACGAAUUAAAUUAGUUCUGGGGGUCCAUCCGCAACCCGAAAAGUUUGUAGGCAGAGGUGCUGCUUCUGUGCAUGCGCGUUGUGCAAUUGAGUGCUUCUGCACAUGGCGAAACCUGGAAGUAUACACAUCCGGGUUCACCACGUUCGUAACCCAAAAGUUAUGUAUCCAGAGUGGUAUGUAACUAUAGGGUCCACUGUAUUAAAAUAAGAUGUAAGAAAUAAAACAUUUUAAAACCAUGGUUCUGUUUAGUCACUUGACCAAUUGAACUGAUGAGAGAUCCCUCUGUUUCCUUCACUAGCCUCUGUUGCAGUUCUGCUUGUCUUUUGACAUCUUAAUUGACCAAACUGGAUACUUUUGUUUAACACAUAAUAAAGACACUAUGCCACUGAAAGGUAACUUUAACAAAAACAAAAAACCUUUUGUAAUGGAAUUCUGUUUUUCUCUCUCCCCCUUAUCUAAAAUACAACUUUGGAAGAAUGCUGUACAAAUGUCAAGAGAGAGAACAGUAUUGGAGAAUUUGCAGAUGUGGAAGAAAUAUCGCAGUGUGAAGAACAUCUUCUAGAUUUUAAUAUGGUAAGCUUAGCAAAUAUUUUGCAAUAGCCAGCGCAACUGGAAAUCAGUUCUAAGUCACAUGCGGAACCCCAGUGAGUAGAGGAGAUUCCCCAUUUCAGAGGUUUGCCUCUCAGUUUGUGGAGAGGGGCAGGGAGAAAUAAGGCUUGCAGAAGUCUUCAUAUGAGUAGAGUGCCUGAAGAGGGCAGGCACUGGAGGUUGCAGAGGAGCAGUUGCUGACUUUCCUUUUCAGACAGCUUUUCACAUCAUGCUGAAUCCUCUUAUAGAUGUGAUGGGCCCCAGAGGGUGCAUUGAGAAGUGGGGAGAAUGAAAGUCCCUAUUGUGUGCAUGUAACUCUCUUUGGAGCUCAGUCAAAAUGUGUAAUCAUAGUGCAGUAACACUGAGAUUUAGCUUUUCUGUAUAUAGGAUUACCAUACAGUGGUACCUUGGUUCUCAAACGUAAUCCGUUCCAGAAGUCCGUUUGACUUCCGAAACAUUCGAAAACCAAGGCGCAGCUUCUGAUUGGCGCAGGCACCCCAGAAACAAUAGCCGACAACCACAUCAGAUGUUUGGCUUCCAAAAGUGGAACACACACUUCUGGGUUUUUGGCUUUCAGGAGCCGAAAUGUUUGAGUACCAAGGCGUUCUAGAACCAAGGUUCCACUCUACAAUGUUUGAAUGUUUAUUUAGUAGGGGAAAUUUUAUAUUCUCUUUUGCAAAGCUGUAUUCUACAUUUUAAUUUCUUAAAUCUAUAGGUUUCUUCUGUACAUGAAGCAAGGUGUGCAGAUCCCAGAAGUUCUGAAACAAAAUCAAAUGGCAUUAGGAAAAAGCUAUACUCCAGUGACAGCCCCAGCUCUGAAGGCACAGCAUCAGAAGGUGGAAAUGGAUGGGCAGAUCCUUGUGAAGAGCUUUUCUCUCGAACUCAGCUAUAA